AUGCAGCAGAGCAGCGCUCCAGAGUUCAUCCUCGAGGCCUUUGCGGACCCGGCCUCCGUACGGGAUGUCGUCAAAGGAAUCCUCCACACAAUCUUCUUCCACCGCUUCUUCCCCGCCGUCGUUCCCUACACCCGCGAGGUCCUAGACCUGACCCUACCCUACGUCGACGACGUCGAGCUUGAGACCAUGAUCGAGCAGCGCGCCACCGCCCUCGUCCGCCAGCUCGACGCGGAGCGCUCCUCGUCCAGCUCCGGCGGCGGCGGCGGGCGCGGCCAGCUUACCGUUCAGUUCUUUGAGAAGAAGCGUCGCAAGGCCUGGCUCAUGCGCGGCGACGAGGAGGUCUGUUGGGAAUGCUGGACUGUAAAAGUCACGGUUGCGGAGCCCAGGACGGAGACUGAGCGAGCCAAAGUCCGAAAAGCCAUGGAGACGACGCUCAUGACCACCGUCAUGAAGGUCAUUACUUUCGUCAACGCGCACAAGGAUCAUAUCCCUCCGAUAACGACGCAGGGGUCGAACCCGUUUCCCUACCAGAUCAACAUUAACCAAAAGGAGUCGGGGUGGGCUACGAGGAUGGGUAUUUACUAA